AUGGGGUGCGGAUGUGUCUCUCAACACCAGGUGGGAAUUCCUGGUGGCGGACCUCGCCAGUUUCUGUACACGGCCACAGACAAGGAGUUUGUUCGCACUCUGGACAAAGAGGAGCUCAAGGAAAAGAAUUUGCUGCUGACUUACUUCCGGCUGGACCACGAGGGACAUUUCGUUGUCACAGACGGAUUUCGCGACCUUGUUCGCCGAAAAGGCGUACCAACGAGGUAUCGAUGGCGAGCCUGGCGGGCACUCACAGGAUGGACUGCCCUUGCAAAGCCAGGCUGGUACGAGAGGAUCAUGCGCAAGGCUCCGGACAGCAAGACGGUGGAAGCCAUCGAAAAAGACCUCGACAGGACCUUUCCCGGCAUAGAAGAUUUCGACGACAGGAAGAAGCGAGAACUUGCAAACAUGCUCCGAGCACAUGCAGGUCUUUUUCCCAGCGUGGGCUAUUGCCAAGGCAUGAACUUCGUUGCCGGCUUUCUGCUACUUGUCGCUGGAAGAGUUCCAGAUGCUCCAAAGGAUGCAUUUUUCCUGCUCGUGCAAAUGAUGAUCAAGUACCGGGCAAACCUCUUGUUUUGCGAUGGUCUUCCGCUUCUGAAGCUUCAUACAUUUCAGUACCGCAUCCUGCUGCAGCGGCUUUUUCCAGAUGUCCACCGACAUUUCUUGGAAAAUCAAAUUACGCCUGAGCUCUACUUGACCAAGCCAGUCGCCCAGCAGUGCAGAUCCGCUUUGUGUUGUACUUGUAAGAUCUGUCAUUGCUGUGCAACUUCCAGCAACGGCCGUCUGUGA